CCUGUCUAAUCCACGGGUCGGCACCAGCAUGCCGGCCCUGCGCGUCGCCGUCAUCGGCGCCGGUCCGUCCGGGCUGACCGCGGCCAAGACGUGCCUCGAGUCCGGCCUGGAUCCCGUGGUCUUCGAGCAGUCGGACGACCUGGGCGGUCUUUGGUACUUCGACGAGAAGGUGUGCCGCGAGGGCCAGCCGUCCGUCAUGAGGUCCACGGUAAUCAACUCGAGCAAGGAGCUGACCGCCUUCAGCGACUUCCCGGCCCCGGCACACUUCCCAAACUACAUGCACCACUCCAUGCUGCUCCUUUACCUCAGGAUGUACGCCGACCACUUCGGAGUCACCCAGAGGAUCAGGACGAGGCACGCCGUGCGGGACGUGCGCCCCACGAAAGAUCACGACCGCACCGGGAGGUGGCUGGUGACGGUUGAAGACCUGUCCUCGAGCCAAACGAGCCGGUCCGCGUUCGACGCCGUCAUGGUGUGCGUGGGCCACCACGCCUACCCGCACCGGCCUCCGCUGCCCGGGUUGGAACACUUCCGAGGCAGGGUGCAGCACACGCACGCCGUCAAGGACUGCGACCGCUUCAAGGGACGCCGCCUCCUGGUGGUCGGCACAGGAAACUCAGGCAUGGACGUGGCCACCGAAGCCAGCCUCUUCGCGCACAAGGUAUACCUGAGCACUCGGCGAGGCUCGUGGGUCCUCCACCGCGUGGCCCCCAACGGGUUCCCGAUGGACACGGUGAUUCAGCGCCGCUACUACGCGCCCCUGCCCAUGUGGCUGCUGAACACGCUGGCAGAGCGCGAGAGCCAGAAGCUGUUCAACCACGACCUCCUAGGCCUGAGGCCCCGGCACCGGUUGUUCCAGCAGCACCCGACCAUCAACGAUGCCCUGGCCAACCGCAUCCUCAGCGGCACCCUGGUAGUCAAGGGGGACGUAGCCGAGGUCACCGAGAGCGGCGUGCUGUUCAAGGGAGAGCAGGAAGACACCAAGCUGGACGACAUCGUGCUCGCCACUGGAUACGAGAUUAGGUUCCCUUUCCUGUCCGAGUCCCUGGUGAGGGUGGAAGACAACCGGUUGGCCCUAUUCAAGUACGUGUUUCCGGUGCGGCUCAAGAGGCCCGAGACGCUCAGCUUCCUGGGCUACAUCCAGCCGCUGGGAGCCAUCAAUCCCAUCGCCGAGGUGCAGGCCCGCUGGGUCGUGCAGCUGCUGCUGGGCAACGUCCGGCUGCCCACCAAGGAGGCGAUGCUGGAGGACAUAGCGCAGACGGAGUCCAGGCAGCGGCGACGCUACGUGUCCAGCCCCCGGCACACGAUCCAGGUGGACUACAUGCCCUACACCCGGGACAUCGCGCGCAGGAUCGGCGCCGACCCGAGCCUGGGCAGCCUGUUCCUCCGGCACCCGGCCCUGUGGUGGGCCGCAGUCGCGGGCCCGCAGGUCCCCUACCUCUACCGACUACAGGGACCCCACCCGUGGCCCGGCGCUGCGGAUGCGAUCCUGAGGACGAGGGAGAGAGUGCUGAAACCGCUCCAAACAAGGAUGGACUUCGGCGACCAGAGUAGACCGUCCAGGGAGGUGGACAAGUUGGACUACACCGUUAUGUUGGCGGUGGUCGUGUUGGUGUCGGUGUUGAUGGUUCCGCUGCUGGCGCACUGCGUGUUUAUGUGA